AUGGAUACUUCUUUUGAUGAAGACGAUGAUCAUGAGCAACCAAUGAAUACUUCUUUUGGUGUAGACGAUGAUCAUGAGCAAAUGCUCACCCUUUCUCUCUCCAUCGGAUCUAGGUCAUCGGCACCACCACCCGUAUCACCCCUUUUGCAGCUUCAACCUACUUCUAUAACCACACCACAGCCUUCGCUCAAUGAACCAAUAUUUUGGAUGCCGCCACCACUGUCACCAUCUCCGUCGCCACCACCAUCUUAUCUCUCUUGGAUGCUGCAACCGCCGUUGCGACUGCCUUCUUAUCUCUUUAUGUCAAACCCUCCUGUAUCUUGUCAAGUGGGGAUGCCGAAGCUGUCUAGUCAAGUGGAGGCGUUGGAGCUGUCUAGUCAAGUGGAGGCGCCGGAGCCACUACUGCCAUCUUAUCACAUUGUGUCAAAUCCUCCUGUGUCUCUUCAAGUGGAGGCACCGGAGCUGUCUUGUCAAAUGGAGGGGCUGAAACCACCAUCGCCAUCUUAUCUCUUUAUGUCAAACCCUCCUCUAUCUUAUCAAGGGGAGGCACUAGCGCCGGCUCUGGCUCCGAUAUCUUGUCCCGGUCGUGCAAGGAAACAUCCUGCUCAUGUUUUUAAAUCCGGAAAAUCGGAAGCCUUACCUGCACCAUAUCGAUGGGCUAAGACGCGGCGUGCUAGUGUGCAUAGGCUUGAUUAUCUAAUAUCCAAGGGGAUAAGCGUGAUUACUGGCAAGCUUUACUGCAAAAGGUGUGACAAACAGUAUGUGGUUAAAUAUGAUUUGCGGCAAAAGUUCAGGGAGGUUGCGUCUUUUGUGGCGAUGAACAGGGCCGCCAUGAAUGACCGGGCACCCGCUAUUUGGAUGUAUCCAAAUCUCCCCCAUUGCCAAUAUUGUGAUCAAAACAAUAAUGUGAGGCCGGUUCAUUCAAAGAAGAGAUCAAUCAAUUGGUUGUUCUUGUUUUUGGGGCAGAUGCUCGGCUGUUGCAAGCUCGCGGAAUUGAAAUAUUUUUGCAAACACACUAAGAAUCACAGGACGGGAGCAAAAGACCGACUUCUUUAUCUUGCUUAUUUGGAUUUAUGCAAACAAGUAGAUCCCAAUAGAUCUAUUCAUCUUUAA